AUGGCAGAUAAUAAUCAAACAGAAAUGGAGAUGAAUUCCUCUAAUCCGGAUUACCCCUACACCAAACCUCGAGGUCCCAUUGGCGCAAUGUUCUCUUCACCUGGACCUAUUUAUAAACUUCCAACAUUGGUGGGCGAAAAAGGUCAUGAUUUCGAAAGUACUCAUUACAAAGCCCCCUCAUAUUCAUUCGGACGUCGAACCAAGAUUAAUCAGGCAGGUGAGAGUAGCCCGGGUCCAGCCGCUUAUGCUCAGAAUCCAAAGAUGACCGUUCGUGGGGAAUUUCCUGGACCUAGCUAUACCCUCAAAUAUCGAACUGGUAAAACAGACACUAAUGCAAGUCCAGGACCUGCCCGUUAUCUCCCAAAUUUUGAACCAAUUCUGCCAAAAUCACCUGAAUACAAGUUUGGUUUAAGACCUGAUCUAUACAACAAGAAUUCAACUCCUGGUCCCAACGCUUACUCGCUUCCUGCGCCAGAUAUAUUGAGUGCAAAGCCAUCAGCCCCUCAGUAUAGCAUAGCGGGCAGACAUGGGCGUAAACACAACGAGUCAGGACCUGGGCCAGCAGAAUAUGCACUCGGUUCACCAGACGUCAUCAAACCUGCAGCACCCAAAUAUACAAUGGGUUCUCAAUUACCACGACAAACUGAUGCCGAUAGAUCGCCAGGCCCAGCUGCUUAUGAUAAUACCAAAGUGAACUACGUUAAACCCCAACCACCGAAAUUCUCAUUCGGAAUCCUUCACAGCCCAUACAAGGGACAGUUUACUGACAAGCAUUACGAUGAUGCCUAUGAAUGCCAAUGA